UUUUGCCUAAGGUCGAAUGCUCUGCGCCCGCGCAGCCCGUCAGUGCAACACCCGACGUCAAACGCGCGGCCGCAAUGCGCCAGCCAACGAACAAUUUAAAAAACGAACACGAAUCAACAUUCUCAAUUUGAAAAUUAACCAUUCUUCUAACGUAUUUUGUAAAAAUCGAACGUGUGUCUCAAAUUCAAAAUUGGAAUAAUGUGAAUUUGUUUUUUUUUUCUUUUUUUCUUCAUGUGGAAUGUGGUAGUGUCCAUGUACAAAACCAGUGUUGUGUGAUUUUUUAUUGUUUUUUUUUUUAAUGAGGUGACAACCUCGGAGGUUUUGUGUGGGAUCGAAUCGUUUUAAAGACUGAAUCAUGUGGCGACUCCUGGUAAUGACAGCGCUCCUGGCGACCGCGCGUUCCAAACAGCUACCCUCCUCCACCGAAUUAGCAACGACAACAGUAGGCACAGCGACAGAAGCCGACACCACAGCGUGGCCGAGCUCCGUCGCCCCUCUCGACACUCUCACUGUGUCCUGCGAGAAGGACAGCAUGCAUGUCACCGUGUCGCUGUCCAGUAGCCACGGCAGGAAUAGUAUAUACGACACGUUCAACGGCAUCGUGUACCCAGCAGGCCUGGGCAGCAACUCCUCCUGUCUCCGGGAGUAUGUGUCGGAGAAGGGGGACCUGCACUACACGCUCCCUCUGAGAGGGUGCAAUACUAUGUCUAAUGAUAAUGAGGACGGCACAGUAGAGUACUACAACAAUAUAAUAGUGCAGCCCCACCUGCGCCUGGUGACGGGCCAGGGUCGAGGGUACCACGUGCGCUGCAGGUAUCGCCGCCGGGAUCUCACGCACUUCCAUCUGUACCGGCCGCGCGCUGAUCGGCUGACUAACUCGCUGGCUGAUGAUUUUAGUAGUGAUCAUACCAGUGACGAAUUCGACGAAGACUCAGGACUGUUACCUUCCGUAUCUAUGAAGAUUUAUAAGGGAGACCCUGAAGAUAAACAGGUAGCAUCAAACGUACGCAUAGGAGACAUCCUGAGCCUCGUAGUCUCUCUGGAGAAGCAGCGACAGUUCGGUCUGCUGGUCUCCGAGUGCUCAGUGAGGGACGGCCUCGGCUGGGCCGAGCAGAGCCUCAUAGCUGAUGAUGGCUGCCCCCUAGACGGCGAGAUAAUGGGACAGUUCCAGUACUCCUCCGACAGGCAGACGGCUCGCGUCUCGUUCCCGGCACACAAGUUCCCUUACACCGCCAGUGUGUAUUACACGUGUGAGGUCAAACUGUGCGAUCUGAAGCAUCCUACUGAUUGUGAGCCGUGCUCUCACAAGAGGCGAGUGCGUCGUGAUGAUGAAGGGUCACCAGCUACGGUGGAACUCUUCAAAGGCCUGUACGUCAACGAAGCUGACUCUCCUGAUAACGAUGAGGUUACCAGCGAAAAGAAAGAAGACGAAAUCUGCAUAUCCCAGAAAAACUUCGCUAUGGGCAUCUGCAUAGCUGGAGUUAUUCUGAUGAUUUGCGUCAUAGCUGCCAUCGCCUAUAUCCUCGCUAGGAGACGAAACCCCAAGACAUACUCGCGAACUGGCAGCUCUUUGUACAGUGGACCAUACACCAACACUGGGUAUUCACAUACCAGUUAAAUUAGUUGGUUUUUACUGCAAAUGAUGUACACCAUUUUCUUCUAAAACUUAAGGAGAUUUGCACCUUUUAAGAGUAAGCGCAAACGACUAAUUUUGGUC